AGCAACCGAUUUUGUUUUUCAACAAAAAAAUCCUCGCUCGAAAGGCAGCUACGGGGACGCGGGCGCGAGCUAAAGAGAGAUAUAGGGGAGCGAGAAAGAGAGAGGGAGAGCGAUACGGAUGCCUUCACUAAUUUAUGCGAGGGAAGGGGGUAGGCACAGCCAUGUAAUCCCGUUUUAAUUAUAUCUGCACUGCCAGCGAAUUUACGAGACAGUGGCGUUAAAAUGGCCGACUGUAACUCGGUGCACAGUGCAAAGAUUAUUGGUUUUAUACCGUUCGCGUUUGGAUAGAGCAGGGACCCUACCCUGUCUUUUGAAUUGUGUACUGCUCUCUCUCUCUCUCUCGCGUAGCCUACUUGAGACAUACCCAGGGUUAUUUGCUAUGGCAGGCAUGAUCCGCAUUUGUUUUGGAAUUGGCUUCCCCUGCCAGACAUAGUGACUCAUCCAAGAGAUGAACCCAUUAGUAGGCUGUAACACAUGGAACAUGCUGGUGUAUAGGCUACUUUACGCAUGAAGACUACUGUAACGACAUUGCACGCUAGAGUCAAGAACAAUACAACACAUGGGAACCCGAGGAAAACAUCCUUGACCCGCGCCUUCUCGUGGCGUUCCAAAACAGAGAGAGACAGGAACAGUUGAUGGGAUAUCGUAAACGUGGACCAAAACCAAAACAUCUCUUAGUCCAGCUUCCCUCGUUUGCACGGAGAUCCAGCAUCCCUGCUGGAUUCGAGGAGACGUCUCCGGAGACCGAGAACCACCUCAGGUCAGACCCGAUCCAGAUGCACCGCUCCCAGCCCCAACAGUACCAGCUGAACAGCAAGAAGCACCACCAGUACCAGCCCAGCAAACAGGAAGUCUCAGCGGACCAGCUAGGCAACGGGAAGAAGAAGUUAUUCUAUCAGCUCAACAGCAAGAAACACCACCACUACCAGCCUGACCCCAAUAUGUACAACACCCAGUCCACCAGGCCCAAAGACGUGGUCAAAGGUCAGGAACCCAGUCCGCCCACCAAUCCCAACCCUGGGUGGAACCUGCCGCCGGCACUGCAGCAGAAAUGGGUUCGCGACAAAAACACGGGCUGCCUGAGCAAAGUCAAAGACGUGACGGUGGUGGAGAUGAAGAAAGCAGCGGUGCGUGUCAACGAGGCUGAGAGCGAAUGCGCCCUGAAGCCCAGCCCAAAGGAGGCAGCCCUACCCAGCGCCGUCAGCAGCAAGAUGAAGAUCAUCAAGAACAAGAACAAGAAUGGACGCAUCGUCAUCGUCAUGAGCAAGUACAUGGACGGCAACAAGGCUGGGGCGGCCAAGGGUAAACACUCUUCAGACUUGACUGGAGAAGAGAAACCUCAACACGCCGAGCAGUCAGACAUGACCAAGGUACAGGGGACCACCAAUGUCCCUAAAGAGAUCUGUAAUGCCAGUUCUCCUCCGGCCGCUGAGCAUCCCAAGAAAUGCUCUCCAGAAGACGGACAUUUCUCCAAACCAUCGCCCAGCACGGCUGAGGAAUACAACACAGAGGUUGCGAGGGGCCAGGCGGACUUACCGGAUGAUCACCCCCUACAGCUAACCACCAACCCAACCCCUUCCCCCUGGGCGAUGGAUACUAGCCUCCCCACCCCUAGCCC